UGUGUAGCACGUCAAUGUUCACUCAUUAAUGUUUAUGAUUUCGGGGCAUGACAUAAGGUGUUAAUGAGAGAAACAUGAGGACUGUGCUGAGGCUGAGGCGGCUAAUGCCAGAAGUGCUGUGGACCAUGUGUGGAAACCGAUCCUGCUCAAACUCUUCCACCCGGAGACUGGAGUCAAACACAUCCAUCCUUAAACAUCUUAUUUCCAAGAUCACUGCCACAGGUCCAAUCUCAGUAGCUGAGUAUAUGAGGGAGUCGCUCACUAACCCAGUGUCGGGAUAUUAUGUGAAAAAUGACAUGCUUGGAGCAGGUGGUGAUUUUAUUACAUCACCAGAGCUCAGUCAGAUUUUUGGUGAGCUGUUGGGUGUGUGGUGUGUCAGUGAGUGGAUGGCAGCGGGGAAAUCCAGUGUGUUCCAGUUAGUGGAGCUCGGGCCAGGUAGAGGUUCAUUGGCCAGUGACAUCCUGAGGGUUUUCAGUCAGUUAAAAGCUGUCCUGGGAGAGACUGAUAUCUCUGUUCAUCUCGUGGAGGUCAGCCCAAAGUUAAGUCAACUUCAGGCCAAAUGUCUAACUGGAGAUCAGACGUGGACAUGUAAUGAGGAUCAGCUUGUUUACCGCAGUGGCACCACAUUUACUGGCCUGCCUAUAAACUGGUACCGCAGGAUAGAGGAUGUCCCUAGGGGUUUUAGUGUCUUCCUUGCCCAUGAGUUUUUCGAUGCUUUACCCAUUCACAAGUUUCAGAGAACAGAGAACAGCUGGCGGGAGGUGAUGGUUGAUAUUGACCCUGAACGUCCAGAAAAACUGAGAUUUGUGGUUUCUCACAGACCCACACUGGCCUCCAGCAUGCUUAUACAGAAAGAUGAAAACAGGCAGCAUGUGGAAGUGUGUCCAGAAGGGGGAGUCAUUGUUCAGAAACUGGCCAAUCGGAUUGCAGAUGACGGAGGCGCAGCAUUGAUUGUAGACUAUGGGCAUGAUGGAACAAAAACUGAUACUUUCCGAGGCUUUAAAGGCCAUCACCUCCACAAUGUCUUGGAAGCACCUGGCAUGGCAGACUUGACAGCAGACGUGGACUUCAGUUACCUGAGGAGAAUGGCAGGGGAUCAGGUGACCUGCUUGGGACCCGUCACACAAAGAUCCUUCCUGAAGAACAUGGGCAUUGACUCACGCCUGCAGGUCCUCCUGAGGAGCAGUCAUGACCCGUCCACCAGAGCGCAGCUCACCAACAGCUACGACAUGCUGAUCAACCCUGAGAAGAUGGGGCACAGGUUUCAGUUCUUCUCUGUGCUCGGUCGAGGUCGGCUGGCUCAAAGUCAGGGGAGUCAGAAGAACUCGACGCCGGUGCCCGUGGCGGGCUUUGCUGAGCUCACUACGCAAUGAAAACACUGUAAAUGGACCGCAACGUCCACGUGUUCUGAAUAACUACA